AUGGCUACACCUGUCGUGCUUGAUGAAGAUACAUAUACUGAAGCUAUCAGUUUGAUUAUUGAAAGAGAUUUCUUUCCAGUGCUUGCGAAACUGAAAGCAACACAACAAUAUCAUGCAGCAGUAGAAAAUGGAUCACUCGCUGAUUUAACAGAAGCACAAGCUGCUCUUCAAAAGCUGAAUCAACCAGCGUCAACCAUACCCGAUCGAAAUCACAAAGUCCUUAAUUUUUAUGUAGAAGACGAGUCUGACAUUCGAAAAAGAGUCAACUUAAAUCUAAGUCUGGACCAAUUUCAGACCCUUUAUACCAGUGAAGACAAUGCCUCUUUUAAAGAAAUUUUGGAUAAAGCGAAUGAAAAAGUACGACUCAAUAACAAAUGGUUCUUUGACCGAGAAUCCAAUCGAUUCACCAUAACCAACGGAGAAGAAGGCAGUAAGCCCAAACUGAUUGAAGCCAAUGAGAAAGCACCAGCAGGCUGGAAGUACCAAGCACGAAAUGCAUUAAUGUAUUAUCCACAAGGGGAAAGCAAAUCAUGGAUCCAUGACGACAAAGACGCAAGAGGAGCACCGAAAUCCAUCUCUUAUGAAAAUACUCAUAUUCCAGAUGAUUCGCUUUCGUUCAGCAAAGACAACACAGCAUCAGCUCCUUCCGACACCGCAGUAAAAAGAGGGACCUUCACACCUUGGAGUCAGUUAAAUCGUAAAAGCAAUGAUGAAGAAGGGGAGGGGUCGACCACACCCCAUAUACGAGGAUAUAACCUAGUGCCUUCUACACCAGCACUGAGUCCAUCGCGCGCUGGCACACCGGAUAUGACGUGGGGCUCUAUCGAGGGUACACCCUUAUUGAUCAACAACGGAUCUCAAACACCCGCCCCCCAAUUUUCACUGCCAAAGAUAUCCAGAAGAGAAGAAUUAGGUAUGAAACUGUCUGAAAAGGCGUCGAAAGCAUAUCGAAAGAAGACAAACGAACAGCAACGAUUGUUGAAAAAUAGUGGGGGAACACCACGAUUAGGAGCUGGCAUGAAAUCUCCUGCUGCACAACAUUUACUAAGAAUGAGUUCAGUGUCAUCACCACUGGCGCGCUCUGGAUUUGGUCAAGCACUAAGGAAUUCUUACAGAGGAAAUACAAGUACGCUGUCGAAAGGAUUCAAAUCACCUUAUUUGGGUGUCAAUAGUCCUAGCGCGUUACGACGAGCAGGGAAAACCCCAACACCUUUGUUUCGUGCAGGAGCAACCGCCGGAGCAACACCAAAGGCAAGCCUUCGGAAAUCAACACAGAAUGAUCCCAAAGACUAG